AUGAAGGCUGCAACCCCUCGCCCUUCAGUGCGAGCACUCUCUGGCAAGCGAUCUUCCUAUGGCGCCGCCAGAUUCGUCAGCCGCACGAGCAACGCCAGAUCCUCCAUAACUGCCGACACCAACAGCCUGCUGCAUCAGUCUCCUUCGCCUAAGAAGCCGCUGACUGCCUCGCCUCUCGCCAAACUACCUCUCUCCUCUGUCCUGCGCUCGCUGCUCAUCCUCUCCGUCUCCUCAUCUUCUAUCCUUCUCAAGCCAUGCAUCUACACACUCUCCGUUCUCGCGCACCCAAAGACGGCUCUUUUGGACGUCGCAAAGAACCCUCUCUUGAACCUGCUUGUCAAGCACACCCUCUACAAGCAGUUCAACGCGGGCGAGAACAAGCUCGAAGUCCAGCGCUCCAUCAACGCAAUCAAGGAGCUGGGAUACCGCGGGGUGCUGUUGGGUUACGCCCGUGAGGUCCUUGUCGGCGAGUCCAACGCAGACCCCCGGGAUGAAAAGGCCAGCCGACAGGAGAUUCAGACAUGGCUUGACGGUACCCUCCAGACGGUCGACAUGGCCCAGGAAGGCGACUUUGUGGCCCUGAAAUUCACCGGCAUGGGUGUCCAAGCGCUCGAAUACCUCCAGAACCAGGCUAUGCCCUCGCCAUUCAUGGACGAAGCAAUCAAACAGAUCUGCGACCUCGCCAUCUCCCGAAACGUGCGCCUGUUGGUCGACGCUGAAGAACAGGCCGUGCAGCCAGGAAUCGAAGAGUGGGCGACCAAGUACCAGAAGUACUGCAACUCUCGCACCCCCGGCCGCGCCAUCUUCUACAACACCUACCAAGCAUACCUCUGCUCCACGCCCGCCACACUCGCUAAGCACCUCGAGAUCUCUCGCAAGGAAGGAUACACUCUGGGCGUCAAGCUCGUCCGCGGAGCCUACCUGAAGACAGAACCCCGCCACCUGAUCUGGGCCGAAAAGGAACAAACGGAUGAGUGCUAUGACGGCGUCGUCGAGGCCCUCCUUACCCGCAAGUACAACCACAUGCUCACAUCCGCGUCCGCUGAACACUCCGCCGACCUUCCACCCGUCAACGUCAUCGUGGCCACGCACAACCGCGAGUCCGUCCGCAAGGCCCACGCUCUCCGUCUCGAGCAGGCCAAGCGGGGCGAGACCUCCGAUGUCGAGCUCAGCUACGCCCAACUCCAGGGAAUGGCCGACGAGAUCAGCUGCGAGCUCCUGCAGGGUUUCCAGGCCGCCGAGUCCGAGAAGAAAGUCUCCGAGUCACCUAACGUCUACAAGCUGCUCACCUGGGGCUCCGUCAAAGAGUGCAUGGGCUUCCUGCUUCGUCGGGCAGUUGAGAACACCGAGGCUGUUGGCCGCACGAAGCAGUCGCAGGAGGCUAUGUUCAGCGAGCUCAAGCGCCGCGCCCGUGUCGCUUUUGGUCGCAAGAACUAA